AAAGUAUAUAUUGGGAACUCUCUCUGUAUUGGAACAGAAGCUUGUUGACACAUCAAUUCCCACUUCAACAGGAUUCCAUCAUCACCAUGGCGAAGUUGACCAUUCCUUUUCUUCUAUGUGCUGCCUUCGUCUUGAGUGGUGCAAUAGAGCCCACCCUGGAGUCUGCUGAAGUGCAGCAGCAGGACCUUCCUCUGGGACAAAUGGAUGAGGAUGGAAACCCACCGCCUCUCCUCGAUACAGAGGAGGAGCUGAAGAGUGACGAGUUGGAAGAGCACGGGGAGGAAGAGGAAAUGGCCGAGGCGCAAAGAUGUCGUAAAAAGCGACCCUCAGGAUGGGCCAGAUACGGGACACGCAAUUACCUGUAUGUGUCCCUACAAAAACAAUGGGUUGAUGCAGAGCGGUACUGUUUGCAGUUAAAAGGGAAUCUUGCCUCCGUGCACAGCUUCGGGGAACAAAUAUUCCUCCAGAGAUUGGUCAAAAGCAGGACUGGUAGCUACCCGUGGACUUGGAUUGGGGGGACAGAUGCUGUUAGGAACCGAGUGUGGUUGUGGAGCGAUGGAUCCAUGUUUAACUUCCAAUACUGGGCCAGUAGGGAGCCCAACAAUCACCGUCGACGCGAGCCAUGUAUCCAUAUUAACUUUACAGGUACAAAGAAAUGGAAUGAUCUAUAUUGCGAGAGAAGACAUGUGGGUAAGGACAAAAAACAACACGCACUCCCCAGAAGAGAAGCAGUGAGUAGAUGUCCUCCAGGAUGGUCCAAAUGUGGGAAAAGCUGCUACCUGUAUCUGUCCUAUCCAAGUAACUGGGUUGAUGCUGAGUUGUACUGCUUGCGCUUGGGUGCAAACCUUGCCUCUGUGCACUCCUUGAAGCAGAACAACAUCCUCCAGGAAAUGGUCAAGAGAAAGACUGGAGCUUUCACCUGGACUUGGAUUGGCGGGACCAAUGUUUAUGAUAGCGAUUCGUGGUUCUGGAGCGAUGGGUCCAAGUUUGACUACAUUCACUUGCACGCUUUGGAUGACAGCAAAUCGUGUUUAAUGAUGAACUUUGGAGGUGAUCAUGGUUGGCUUGGUGCUCAGUGUGAUCUGCGAGCCGAAUUCAUAUGCUCUUUAAGACUCCCUACAUGCCAUUAAUCUUGUACAUUUUUUGCAACUCUCUGAAUUAUUGUUGGGAUUUUGUGAUGUUUCUCAUUCAAUAAAGUUUGUGUUGUGACCAAUA